GAGGAGAGCCCAAUGGGGACGGAGAGAGCCGAUUGGCUGGAGAGCCGAGCCGAGUGCGGAUGGAGAGAGCUGAUUGGCUGGGAGAGCCGAGACGAGUAUGGACGGAAAGACCUGAUUGGUGGGGAGAGCCGAGGGGGAGCGGAACCGAUCGGCUGAGAGAGCCGAGUGCGGAUGGAAAGAGCCGAUUGGCUGGGAGAGCCGAGCCUAGUGGGGAUGUAGAGAGCUGAUUGGCUGGGAGAACCGAGUGGGAGUGAAAGGAGCCGAUUGGCUGAGAGAGCCGAGCCGAGUAUGGACGGAAAGACCCCAUUGGAGAACAGAGCCGAGUGCGGACGUAGCCGAUUGGGAGUGGAAAGAGCUGAUUGGCUGAGAGAGCCAAGCCGAGUAUGGACGGAGAGUGCUGAUUGGCUGAGAGAGCCGGGUGGGCGUGGAAAGAGCCGAUUGGCUAAGCGAGCCGACCCAAACCGAGGUCGGCCUGAUCCGAUUGGCCCCGAGCGCCGCCGGAAGCUCCGGCCGCAGCUCCGAAGAUGGCGGCGCCCAUGUCGGACCCCCGGUGCUCUGUGUGCGCAGCCGCCGCUCCGUACACGUGUCCGCGCUGCGGCCUCCGCGUCUGCUCCGUGCGCUGUUACCGGAGCCACGGCGCAUGUGCAGAAGCGUUCUACCGAGAUCAGGUGCUGCAGACGCUGCGGUCCGAGCGGGGCCCCCCUCCGGGCCGGGCCCGUGUGGCCUCGGCCGUGACCCGGCUGCAGGAGCUACGCGAGCCCGAGGAUCCACCGGGGCCUGGUCCGGCCGAGCUCUGGAGCAGCCUCACCGCGGCGGAACGGGAGGGGUUCCUGCGGCUGCUGCACUCGGCGGAGGCCUCGGCGGUGCUGCCGCCGUGGAGGCCGUGGUGGCGGCGACCGGAACCGUGCGAUGACCCCGAACCGGCUCCGUCCGCACCGGUCCCCGCUCCGCCCCCCCCGCCCCUCGCAUCGCUCCGUUCGCAGCCGCCGUCUCCGCUGCUCCGGUUCCAGGUCCCGAACGUGCUCCUCGGGUACGUGCUGGCUCUGAGCGCGCACCGGGGGCUGGAGGAGCUGCUCCCAGAGCUCCCCGCGGCCGCCGUGGCCGCGUCCGCCGCUCUCCGCUCCCGGUGCGCGCUCCCGAGCACGGCUGCGGCCAUCGAGGCCGCGCUCGGGGACGCGCAGGCCGCGGGGCUGCCCCCGGGCCCGCUGGGCCGCGCAGGCGCAGUCCGCGCAGUGGCGGAGCUGCUGGAGGGGGGGGGCGGGGCCGACGCCGAGGCUGCGCUUGCGCACUUGGAGCGGCUGCUGCGCGCGGGGGAGGGGCGCGCCGAGAGCGACUUCCGGUCGCGGUUCGCGCGCGCGCGCCGGAAGUGCCGUUUCCUGCGCGCGUGGAGCCGAGAGAGCGCGGGAACCGUGGGGGGGAUGGGAGCGGAAGUGAGGGAGGUGCUGAGGGGGAUGGGGGAGGGAAUAGGUAAUGAGGGAUCAUGA